AUGGCAUCAUUCACAUCCAAUGCCUCAAAGCACCAAGCAGAACUUACUGUGAACAGAAUGUUUGCAGAUAUCUUACACACACAACCACUGCGAAGUGCUAAAUCCACCACCAGCAACAAAUCAAAAUCAGCUUCAAAAUUUGGCAACGAUCGUAAGGCUCUGUCUAUGCCAACACCAUUAUCUUCUACCCAGAUUCUUUCACAACAGCUUCAACCUCAGCUGCAACAAACCCGUUUGUCACUAAAGACUGGAAAAAGCAGUCAAAACAAUAACAAAGUGAAAAAACUACUAAAGAAGAAACAUGAACAGGAUAAAAAGUUUCAAAAAUUCAUCAAGUACAGUAUGAUCAAAAACAAAAUGAGCACUGAUCCCGAAAGCCUUACCUUAGAAGAACAUAAAUAUUUGAAAAAACUCGCUAAGCGCAAUAUAAAUGCCUUGCAAAAAUAUAGCAAGAUUGAUGAUUUCGAGAUCGAACAAGAAAUGUCAAGUGUAAAGAAUGAGUUACUAAAAGAUUUGGCACCCAAAAAACAAACAAGAUUAAGAAAAAAACUUGCUAUCCCAGCUAAAAAGGGCAGUGCAAGAUCAAAUGCUAAUAAUCAAAUAAAUGACUUUGACUAUGAAAGAAAAUUACAAAAAGGUUUGAUUAGUGCACCAGGUUUGACUCCUGGCUUAGCUCCUGUUGACUACGAUGAUGACGAAGAAGAAGAAGAAGAAGAAGACUAA